AGCUGAUGACUGACUGAAAUACUCCUCACAAUCUCUGUCCUCAAUACAUGGAUUUCGUCACAGGAAUGAUUUUCUAGUCAAUUACGCACAAUGUGGAAAAUUUCAUACAAGUGCAGAGGGAAGACUCACAACUUGUUUGGAUUUUUCUCAGGAAUGUGUCCUCUGCGCGCACCGGGAGUCACUGGGGACAUGCAGAGGCACCAGAUUUGGUCCUGCUUUGACUCAGUUUUAUGAUACCGAGCCGCCCGUUUACAUGCGAUUUAUUCCUGUGAUGGGGAGAAGAAUCACAUGGAGCUGCGGUUCCGUGAUCCUGCUGGUCAUCAUUUGCUCAUGUCGUGCCAUCACUCUGGAGUCCAUCCACUGGAGCAGCUCCAAUAAACAAUUCGUUCCAGGAAAGGGACUAGUCCUCUAUCCUCAGAUUGGGGACAAGAUGGACAUUGUGUGUCCCCGGGCAGACACCACCUCCAGGGAAACGGAGGAGUUUUACCGAGUGUACCUGGUCUCCAGACGUCAGAUGGAGAGCUGCACCAUUGACAAGACGGAUACACCCUUACUGAACUGUGACAAACCUCACCGGGACGUUAAGUUCACAUUCAAGUUCCAGGAGUUCAGCCCAAACCUCUGGGGUUUGGAGUUCCUCAAAGGGAGGGAUUAUUAUAUCACCUCCACUUCUAUUGGUUCUCUGCAAGGUCUGGAUAACACUAAUGGAGGAGUGUGCAGAACCAAAUCCAUGAAGCUUGUGUUGAGAGUUGGCCAGAGUCCUUCAGACCCACCUUCAACACUGCAGGAGUCACCCACUAGAUUUCCACCCACACGACCAAAGUCCAAGGCCAAGGAUCCUUCCACGAAACAGACAGAUGUUAAAAGCAAAUCUGACGCGAGCUCAGAAACGGGACAAACAAACCCCAGUGGCAACGGGGGCUCUGAGCCAGGACCGCUCAUGUGGGUUGUCUCCGGCUGUGUGAUCCUCCUUCUGGUCAUCAUAAUUCUCAUUGUCCUGUUGUGGAGGUACCGCCGUCGUCGCUGUGUCCCAGAUAGCCAGCAGUCGGCCUCCGUGUCCCUCAACACUUUGGCUGUACCGAAACGGGACAGCAUCAGCAGUGACAACAUGGGCUCAGACCGCAGCGAUGUUGUCUUUCCUCUGAGAGCUUCGGACAGCAUGAUCUGCCGUCAUUAUGAGCGUACGACCAGUGACUAUGGCCCCCCUGUGUACAUAGUUCAGGAAAUAACACCCCAGAGCGCCACAAACAUCUACUACAAAGUCUAAAAUUUGCUGAAGUAGUGCCAUUUUUCUAAAAAAAAAAAAAAAACAACUAUAUUAAUCCUAAAUUUUGACUUUUAAGGAAGAUGCUUAGGUCACUUCCAUAAAGGCACAGUUUAAUGAUUUGUUUUAAGUGUGACCAACCUUUUGGAGAGCUGUAUUACAUAAAUAAUAAGUUUAUUACAGACAACCAAGUGCAUAAAAUAUUAUUGUUUCUUUGACAUUUUUUCUAGUGAAAAGACAAUCAAAGAAUCAUCAGAUCUUAUAAAAUACUUGUGUCCUUUAUCUUUGGUUUUUUGUUUUUUUUUUUGGUUUGUUUUUUUUAAGAGGAAAAUGUAUUUAGUUGUCACUUAAUAUGGCAUCAUACUGUUUGUACAGUAAAAACGUAGCAUAGAUACUUUAAGGAGAAAUCUGCGAAAUAUACAGGACAACACACUAAAUUUGUUAGCACUUAAACAUUUGUUGAUGCUGAUUUUUGUGUUUUAAUCUGUGUGUUUGAAAUGCUAUUUAUUGAUUUGUUGAGCUGUGAUUUUUAAUAAUUUUGUGUUUCAUAUUGAAGUAAAUCAAUCUAAACAAGUCA